GAGGCCAAGAAGGUUAUGCUGCGUUGUGUCUGCUGUGCUGGGAGCUGGGAGCUCACCGUGGAGGCUAUAGGCUUUGUCAGAGGAUAUUCUCGGGAAAUCCAAGCCUCAAAAGCUUCUCUGGGGAAGAAGAUGAUAUUAACCGUGUUCUUGAGCAACAAUGAACAGAUUCUAACAGAAGUUCCUAUAACACCAGAAACAACGUGUCGGGAUGUUGUGGAAUUUUGCAAAGAACCUGGAGAAGGCAGUUGUCACUUAGCUGAGGUGUGGAGGGGAAAUGAGCGUCCUAUACCUUUUGAUCACAUGAUGUAUGAACAUCUUCAGAAGUGGGGGCCACGCAGGGAGGAAGUGAAAUUUUUCCUUCGACAUGAGGAUUCCCCAACGGAGAGUAGUGAGCAAGGUGGCCGUCAGAACCAAGAGCAAAGAACUCAGAGAAAUAUAAUAAAUGUACCUGCAGAGAAACGCACGGAAAAUGGCGUUGGAAAUCCACGUGUAGAACUCACCCUCUCAGAGCUCCAGGAUAUGGCAGCUAGGCAACAACAGCAAAUUGAAAAUCAGCAGCAAAUGUUGGUUGCCAAGGAGCAGCGUUUACAUUUCUUAAAGCAGCAGGAGCGCCGCCAGCAGCAGUCUAUUUCUGAGAAUGAGAAGCUUCAGAAAUUGAAAGAACGAGUCGAAGCCCAGGAAAAUAAGCUGAAGAAAAUCCGCGCCAUGAGAGGACAAGUAGACUACAGCAAAAUUAUGAACGGCAAUCUGUCUGCUGAGAUAGAAAGGUUCAGCGCCAUGUUCCAGGAAAAGAAGCAGGAAGUACAGACUGCAAUUUUACGAGUUGAUCAGCUCAGUCAGCAACUGGAAGAUUUAAAGAGAGGCAAGCUGAGCGGGCUCCAGUCUUACAGUGGCAAGCUGGCAGGACCGGCAGCAGCGGAGUUGAAGAGACUGUGCCAGGAGCUACAGAUUCGUAACCAGCUUAACCAGGAACAGACUUCAAAGCUCCAGCAGCAGAAGGAACUCUUAAAUAAACGCAACAUGGAGGUGGCCGUCAUGGACAAGCGGAUCAAUGAACUGCGUGAACGUCUUUAUGGGAAGAAAAUUCAGCUGAGCCGUGUGAAUGGCACAUCGUCACCACAGUCGCCGCUGAGCACACCCGGCAGGGUUGCUGCAGUGGGGCCUUAUAUCCAGGUUCCCAGUGCCGGCAGCUAUUCCGUCCCAGGGGACCCUGUAAAGCCCCAGUCUCUCACUAUUGCCUCGAGUGCUGCCCAUGGAAGAUCCAAAUCCGAUGGCCAUGGGAAGCCCAGAGUGACUGGCUUGUGGACAGUAUCAGACCUCGACGUCGGGCCUGACUGCAACUCCUCAGGGCACUCUGCAAACCCGUUUGCAAACCCCAAUGAUGGAAACUGGCCAACAUUGAAACAGAAUACCAGCUCUUCAGUGAAGCCCACGCAGAUCAGCAGUAUGGACUGGAAAGACCCAAGCAUGGAGGGUCCCCUCAAGCAGGGGGCUGUCUCAAGCCAGCCGACGCCCUUGUCAGCUUUAGGAGCCACAGAGAAGCUGGGCAUCGAGAUUGGUAAAGUGCCACCCCCCAUCCCUGGUGUCGGCAAGCAGCUGCCUCCGAGCUAUGGGACGUACCCAAGUCCUGCUCCCGUUGGCCCUGGCUCCACAAACUCCCUGGAGAGGAGGAAGGAAGGCAGCUUGCCCAGGCCCAGCGCAGGCCUGUCCAGUCGUCAGAAACCCGCCCCACUGCCCCCCACGGGCAGCAGCCACCCUCCGGGUUCCUCACAGCAGAUCCAGCAGAGGAUUUCCGUGCCACCGAGUCCCACAUACCCGCCAGCAGGGCCUCCUGCAUUUCCAGCUGGUGACAGCAAACCCGAACUCCCACUGACUGUGGCCAUUAGGCCCUUUCUGGCUGAUAAAGGGUCAAGGCCACAGUCCCCCAGGAAAGGACCCCAGACAGUGAAUUCAAGUUCCAUAUACUCCAUGUACCUCCAGCAAGCCACACCUCCUAAGAAUUACCAGCCCGCAGUGCACAGCACUUUAAAUAAGUCUGUUAAAGCAGUGUACGGCAAACCCGUGUUACCGUCCGGCUCAACGUCCCCCUCGCCACUACCGUUUCUUCACGGGUCGCUGGCCACAAGUGCAUCGCAGCCCCAGCCGCCUUCAGAAAGUGCUGAGAAAGAGCCAGAGCAGGACAGCCCAGCCCCGCCCGGAGACAGCGGCACCGGCACUGUGGAGAGCCUGCCACGGCCGCUCAGCCCCACCAAACUCACACCCAUCGUGCACUCCCCGCUGCGCUACCAGAGCGACGCCGACCUAGAGGCUCUGCGCAGGAAGCUGGCCAACGCGCCGCGGCCCCUGAAGAAGCGCAGCUCCAUCACGGAGCCCGAGGGGCCCGGUGGGCCCAACAUCCAGAAGCUGCUAUACCAGCGCUUCAACACCCUGGCAGGAGGCAUGGAGGGCACCCCUUUCUACCAGCCCAGCCCCUCACAGGACUUCAUGGGCACCCUGGCCGACGUGGACAAUGGAAACACCAACGGGAAUCUGGGAGAGGCCAGCCCUGCCCAGCCCACAGCCCCGCUCCCCGCUGAGCCUGCCCCAUCUUCGGACGCCAAUGAUAAUGAGCUCCCUUCCCCUGAACCGGAGGGCCUCAUCUGUCCCCAGAGCACCCACCAAACCGCUGAGCCCGCCGAGGAUGACAACAACAACGUGGCCACAGCCCCAUCCACAGAGCAGGUCCCCAGCCCUGGGGCCGAGGCCCCCUCACCAGGGGAAGACCAGGACCCCCAACCACUGCCCCCCGCUGUGCCCCCGCCAGGAGCCUCUACGACCAAACGGACCAACCUGAAGAAACCGAACUCGGAGCGCACAGGGCAUGGGCUGAGAGUCCGGUUCAAUCCGCUGGCGCUGCUCCUCGAUGCUUCUCUGGAAGGGGAGUUCGACCUGGUGCAAAGGAUCAUCUAUGAGGUGGAAGACCCUAGCAAGCCCAACGACGAAGGGAUCACCCCCCUGCACAACGCCGUCUGCGCCGGCCACCACCACAUCGUGAAGUUCCUGCUGGACUUUGGGGUCAACGUGAACGCUGCGGACAGCGACGGCUGGACACCGCUGCACUGCGCCGCGUCUUGCAACAGCGUCCACCUCUGCAAACAGCUGGUGGAGAGCGGCGCCGCCAUUUUUGCGUCCACCAUCAGCGACAUCGAGACUGCCGCGGACAAGUGUGAAGAGAUGGAGGAAGGCUACAUCCAGUGCUCCCAGUUCCUGUAUGGGGUGCAGGAGAAGCUGGGCGUGAUGAACAAAGGAGUGGUGUACGCUCUGUGGGGCUACGAGGCCCAGAACAGCGACGAGCUGUCCUUCCACGAGGGGGAUGCCAUCACCAUCCUGAGGCGCAAGGACGAGAGCGAGACUGAGUGGUGGUGGGCUCGCCUUGGGGACCGGGAGGGCUACGUGCCCAAGAACCUGCUGGGGCUGUAUCCACGGAUCAAACCCCGGCAGCGCACGCUCGCCUGAACCUCCUUGGGAGCGCUGCACGGCCUGCCCGGCCUGCCCGCCGCGGAGCCGCCCGAUGGAGAUGGAGAUGGAGAUGGCGAUGGCGAUGGCGAUGGCUCUGCUGCUCUCCACGAAGGCUGAAGCUAGGCGUGGCUCUAAUGGUGCUCAUUUAGCUGACAGCAUCCACAAUGUGAAAUCCCUGCAGUUUCUAGGUGAGGCCCUUUCUUCAGUUUGCCCGUAACUGGGAGAGGUACUUUUGCCUCCAAGAAGACUGAAUUUUGCCAAUUACUGUAAAUCCAAAUAAAUAUCCAGCUUUCUAAACAACUGUCCCUGUUGCCAAUAAGAAACCCUAUAAUUUAUCCCUGGUUGGCUGCCAGUGACGACAAACCCCUUUACUGAUUUGGCCCACAGCGGUCCCUCGUUCUUGAUGUCACCCCCACCCUAAUACUGAAAACCUGCAACCGCAGUGAGGUGUGCCCCCCUGCUAGAGCCUGCCCUCCUGCCACUGGAAAUCACAGCACCCCGCUGUCCUUCCCACCCUGACCACACGCAUCUCCUCCUUCCCCUACCAAAGGAGCCCCCCCGGAUGGAAGCUUCUGUGAGUGGUGGUGCUUGGUGCGUGUGUCCCGGGCAUGAGCAUAGGUCACCUGCAUACAGGCUGACGGUGCUGGGCUGGCCUCGCACGGCCCAGGCGCCAGGGUCGUUAAUACCAAGUGACAGCAGUCAGGAGCCUCAAGACAGCACCGUCCCCUCCUCCGUUCACAGCACUGCCUUCCCCGCAGCCUCUUGCUGCUCAGGGGUGCGGCCCACAGGCCGGGGUGGGGAGGAUGUGGGGUGCCUGCGCGGCAGGAGGGGCAGCUGGGAGGGUGGGAGGGCAGGGGCCAGCCACGAUGCAAUAACGUUUGCCCAGUCCAGACACCAGUUUGAACUGUACGCACAGACUUUUCUAUACCAAAAGUAUUUUUUGACUACACCAUUCGAAACUACCAGAAUGAUGUCGGAAAUGUUUUUUUCUCUCAUUAAAAUCCAGGCCCUUAGGCUUUAUUUUCCAUGUAGGAGUCCCGUGUAUAAUUUAUGUAUGAACACGUGUGUAGGUCCUGCUGUAGUCAGUCACCUUUAAGCAUUGAUUGUACACAGUGUGGUGAUGAAGCGUGAGCGCCCCGUGGGACGGCCUCUGCUGCUGGACGCCCCCGCUGCGCCCCGCCACCGCUCAUGCCGUGUAAAUGUGCACAAUAAACCGCUGUCUCUCA